AUGCAAACCUUUCUCAUCCCUUCCCAGAAUCGCACUGCUGCCCCCCUUUCCCCAACAGCAUCCUCCUCCAUUCCCCCAUUCGCGCCGGAUUCCUUCAUCAUGAAGCUCGCCAACGCUCUCCUCUCGGCCACUCUCGCCUCGGCAAGCGCCAUCAGCGGCACUGGUCCGACGGAUAACUUCGAUGUACAGCUGACGGACCGUUUCUACAAACCGGUGGAUGACUUUUUCGGGGACGUCAUCGCCCAUAAGAACGAUCUGCUUUCCGAAGGUGUGCAUAGAUGGAUUGACGCUCUGCAUAACCAAGUGAAGCCAUUUAUAGAAACCACGAGCGAGACCGAGCUCGAGUUCCUGCCUCAUCUCGCCAAGCUGAACUCCAAGUUUCCAGCCCUCGUCGAUCAAGUUCAGGUUGUUGUUAGCCGUAGCAAGCCGUGGGUUCAGGAUCAACGGCGAUGCAGCGAUGCCAGAACGGCAGUCGGCGAUCUUCGAUCCGAGCUGACCUUUUUUGCCGACUUUUUGUAUCAAAGCCUAAAGAAAGGCAACUGGAAGGCCGAUCAGAGCGCCGAUACUGCAUCGAAGAAGGACGAGGUUGAUGUAAUCCUAGCCAGGCUUACGCAGGAGUUCAAGGAAGGCAGCUGCGUCAAUCGCGUGGCCCGCGGAUGA